GGGGCGGAGUCAGCAGAGGGCGUGUCUACAAAGUCUUAAGUCUUCACUGUUCAGCUGAACUCGACAAGAAACCGAAACGGUUCAACUUGCAAAGCGAGAUUAACCAGGCGCGCGCUCUUACCUGCACCGUUUCCUGUAUUAGGAAGCCAUCUUGUUUGGACAAGUUUAUGCGGCAUUUUUUGUUUUGUUUUCUUUUUUGUUGUUUUUCUUUUUCCUAUUGUGAGUCUCCUGCCGAAGUUUGGACUUCUUCCCGAAGCAGCUUUAGAAGAGCGGGGCAGGAAGAGGAUUGCAACAGUGAGGGAACUGUGCUUGGCCUGUCCUGCUGUCCUGUCCGGGUUCUCCCUCACACCCCUUAGACUUGUUCCACUACUUGACUGGCUUUAACAUUUCAGGAUGGCGAACAGCAGCCCUGCAAUACCCUCAUCACCCCAGCCUCGGAUAUUCUUCCCUCCAGGUGGUUCUUCAUCCCCUGGGUGUGUGGACACACAGCAUGCCACACAGGUCCCCUUGCCUGCCGUCUACACGCCUGUCUGCCCUGCUGCUGUGGACACAGGGCUUUCCCAAGGACCCAGUGGCACCAAUAUGUCCGUCCUGCCUCCUCCUCCAGCUGGAGUGUCUUUUAUUAUACAGAUAGGACUAACAAGAGAGUCAGUUCUUCUGCCCCAAACAGCGGAUCUUACAUAUGUCAAACAGAUCGCCUGCUCCAUUGUGGACCAAAAGUUCCCUGAGUGCGGUUUUUAUGGGAUCUAUGAUAAAAUACUUCUCUUCAAGCAUGACACAAAUACCAAUAACAUACUGCAGCUGGUCAAGGCCGCAAAUGAUAUCCAGGAGGGGGAUCUUGUGGAGGUAGUGCUGUCGGCGGCUGCUACCUUUCAGGAUUUUCAGAUUCGUCCACAUGCUCUGAAUGUGCAUUCAUACCGUGCCCCUGCCUUCUGUGACCACUGUGGAGAAAUGCUUUUUGGCCUAGUCAGGCAAGGGCUCAAAUGUGAUGGUUGUGGGUUGAACUACCAUAAACGCUGUGCUUUUAGCAUUCCCAAUAACUGCAGUGGAGCAAGAAAGAGACGGCUGUCAACUACAUCUCUCACCAGCAGUCAGUCUCUCCGUUUAUCCACCACUGAAUCCCUUAGUAGUCUAAGCAGCAGCUUAACCUCAGAGGAAACAAAUCUGUUUCGCUCACAUACGCACAUGACCCGAAUGCCCAGUGAGGCAAGACGGUUCUACACAGGUCGACCAGUACACCUGGACAAGAUACUAAUGAGUAAAGUAAAGGUGCCACACACAUUUGCAGUGCACUCCUACACACGGCCCACCGUCUGUCAAUACUGCAAAAGACUUCUCCGGGGCCUUUUCCGCCAAGGACUUCAGUGCAAAGAUUGCAAGUUCAAUUGUCACAAGAGGUGUGCAUACAAAGUGCCUAAUGACUGUCUUGGGGAAACUACUGGAGAUAUGUUUAGUCCAUCUGCAGACACAGAAGUACCAAUGGAGUACAGUAAUGAAUAUUUGGACUCAGAAAGAACUUCAUUGAUGGAUGAAUCAGAUGAGGCUUGCAGCAUUCCUGGCUCAUUUUCCCCAGACAGCAGUCAGGAUGGAGCCAGUGGAGACCAGAGUGCUAAUAUUCCUCUCAUGAGAGUGGUACAGUCGGUGAGACAUACCACGCGCCGCUCCAGUACAGCCAUUAAAGAAGGCUGGAUGGUGCACUACAGCAACAAGGAUACCCUGAGGAAGCGACACUAUUGGCGCCUGGACUGCAAAUGCAUUAUCCUUUUCCAUAAUGACACCACCAAUAAAUACUAUAAGGAAAUACCUCUUUCAGAAAUUCUUGAAGUAUGUCCAGCAGGUGAUUUCAGUCUGGUGCCCACUGGUGCCAGUCCCCACUGCUUUGAGAUUGUGACUGGUACCAUACGAUACUUUGUGGGCGAGGACACAAACCCCUCCCAAUUGCCUAGCAUGACCCCACCAAAUAGUGCAAUACCCAGUAGUGGAGUGGGACAGGAAGUUGCCAAAGCUUGGGAAAGUGUCAUACGCCAGGCUCUUAUGCCGGUCAUCUUCCAAGACAAUCCUCCAUCUGAAGGCAGCACCCCUCACAGACAGGCAUCCGUCAGCAUAUCAGUGUCCAACAGUCAGAUUCAAGAGAACGUAGAUAUUGGCAUGAUUUAUCAGAUUUUUGCUGAUGAGGUUCUGGGUUCUGGCCAGUUUGGAGUGGUAUAUGGUGGAAAGCACAGAAAAUCUGGAAGGGAUGUGGCUGUCAAGGUGAUUGACAAACUUCGCUUUCCCACUAAACAGGAAAGCCAGUUGAGGAACGAGGUGGCCAUACUGCAGAGUCUGCGUCAUCUGGGCAUAGUUAAUCUGGAGUGUAUGUUCGAAACUCCUGAAAAAGUGUUUGUUGUUAUGGAGAAGCUUCAUGGAGACAUGCUGGAAAUGAUCCUUUCAAGUGAGAAUGGACGACUACCUGAAAGGCUCACAAAGUUUCUGAUCACACAGAUCUUGGCAGCUUUAAGGCACCUCCACUUCAAGAAUAUUGUGCAUUGUGACUUGAAACCUGAGAAUGUGUUGCUGUCAUCAGCCGAUCCUUUCCCACAGGUGAAGCUUUGUGAUUUUGGUUUUGCCCGGAUAAUUGGGGAAAAGUCAUUUCGGCGCUCUGUAGUGGGAACACCUGCUUACUUAGCUCCAGAAGUGCUGCUGAACCAGGGGUACAACCGUUCUUUGGAUAUGUGGUCUGUUGGAGUCAUUAUGUAUGUCAGCUUAAGUGGAACAUUUCCCUUUAAUGAGGAUGAAGAUAUCAAUGACCAGAUCCACAAUGCUGCUUUCAUGUACCCACCAAACCCCUGGAAACAAAUCUCUCCCGAAGCUAUUGAUCUCAUUAAUAACCUACUUCAAGUGAAGUUGAGAAAACGUUACAGUGUGGACAAGAGCCUGAGUCAUGUCUACUUACAGGAAUAUCAAACAUGGCUGGACCUGCGUAAAUUGGAAUCGAAGCUUGGUGAACGUUAUAUAACCCAUGAAAGUGAUGAUGUUCGCUGGCAAAGGUUUGCACAGGAUCACACUCUGCCUUAUCCAGCUCACCUGGUACCAGCAUUAUCUGUCUCUGAUAAUGAGCAGGAGAGCACCGAUGAUGCUUGUAUGCAGGGACUGACUGAGCGUGUUAGCAUCCUAUGAGAAAAUGAAGGAGUCAGUUGGAGUGGAGAAUAGUUAUUUUUUAAAGUUGGCUAGAAUAGAUUUUGCCCCUCUUCUUCUGUUUCUUUUUUUUUUUUUGUAAUCUAUUAUCUUCCUUUUUCUUAUUUGCACUAUGUACAUAUGCUCUAACUGUGUUGAUGUAGACACCACAUAUGCAUCUUUUUCUUUUAUUAUAAAGCCUUUUUUUUUUAGUUUACAAUACAGCGAUAGGUUUACAGUGCAAAUAUAUUAAAAUAUGUCUUUUAAUGCUUCCUUAGCCUCUGAUUCAGUUUACAUUGGUGGUACGUCUCUCUCAGCAUUAAAAUUUGUAAUAUAGUUUAGUGCAUUGGAUUUAAUCAGUUUUUUUACUGAUGUCAUAUAGUUUGUAAAUAACCACUGCAAAUUUAAUUGGUUUGUAUACAUAUUCCAUACACUAAAUAACUUGUCAGACAAAAGCAUGCUGGUUCAUAUUUUCCAUCUGGGUGUUUUUCUUUCAGUCAGUGUUUGACUUUGCCUCAUCAAAUAUUCAAUUUAUUUACAAAUAAAUAAACAAAUAUUGUUUA